UUCUCCUCCUCUUUCUCUCUCUCCACAUUUCUCUCCUUCCGCAAUUUGCAACGACCCUCGCUCAACCCUCCCCAACAUAUUUCACUCCACACGAAGAUCGCAUAAAGAACCACCCACCCAACCAGCCAUUUACACAGCCGCUUGCCUCCCUCCCCUCUCCCUAAAAUGUCUUACAAACCCGAAAACCCUCCCCCCUCCUACCCCCCUCCCACCCACGACGGCGGUCCCUACCCCGGCGCAUCGCAAGACUACUACAACCAAGGCUACAAUCAAGGCUACAACCAAGGCUAUCCGCCCCAGAACUACGGCCCUCCCCCACAACAACAAGGAUACUACGGAGCUCCCCCGCCCCAAGGCCAACCCAUGUACUAUCCUCCCCCGCAGCAACAACCACAGGGCUACUACGCUGGGCAAGAUCGGGGCGGAUCAUCGGGCGGCGGGAUGUGCGCGGGUAUAAUGGCUGCGUUGGCUUGUUGUUGCUGCUUGGAUAUUUUGUUCUAAGAAGAACGCUUCUUUCUUUGGUGGUUGUUUUGUCUGCCUUCGUUUCUAGCCUGAAUUGGAUGGGUGCGAUGGAUAUUUUGUUGCUGUUUCCUGAUUGGCGCAAGGUUUGAGGUGCUCGGGUCGCCGGUUGUGUUUCUAUAUUUGGAUCGCUGUCAUUCAAAUGGUGUCGGCGCUUAGAGGCGCAGGGUACUUUUAUUCGUUCGUUCGUUCUAAUCCAAUCAUUGUU